AUGGCCACCACAACUCCAGGACCCCGUUCCCCGGGACACCAUGCACCUUCCCCCGAUAUCGAGAACGGUGGUAAAGAUCCACGCAGGAAUUCCUCUUUAGGUUUCCUCCGUCGCUCCAAGUCAACAGAACCACUCGGUAAGAGCAAGAAGAACUCCAAGAUCCCGGAAGACGAGCUACGAGCAAUGCCGGUGCAACCUCCUCGUCUGCCCGACCUUUCUCCCGCCCCAAUGCUGGAAAGUUUUGGAGGUGAAGAGCGAGGUCACGAUACCACCAACGCGGCUGCUCUUUCGAACAACACACCCUCGUCCCAACGACAGCAACCCCCCUCUCGUGGCUCGAUCAGCACGCCCAACUACGACCCUUACGCCCGUACAGAGAGCAUGACACACCGUGGGCGUUUCAGCUACGCGAGCAGUGCCGUGAGCACUGUCAACAACCCGCGUAGGUUGCGUCGGCGCAAGGACCCUACCCCGUACAAUGUCCUGGUCAUUGGCGCUCGCAAUUCGGGGAAGACAUCAUUCCUCAAUUUCCUCAAAUCGUCCUUGGCGAUGCCAGCCCACAAGAAUCCCUCUCGUCCAGCGGAGGAAAUGGAAUACCUAGACCAUCACUCGCCCGCCAACCAGGGCUACACCUCCCAAUACCUUGAGACAGAGAUCGAUGGAGAGCGCGUCGGACUAACAUUGUGGGACUCUCAGGGGUUUGAAAGAAACAUUGUUGACAUCCAGUUGCGUGGCGUGACCGGAUUCCUGGAAAGUAAAUUUGAGGAGACCUUGAGCGAAGAAAUGAAGGUAAUUCGCUCGCCCGGAGUGCGAGACACCCACAUCCACUGCACGUUUCUGCUUCUCGACCCCGUCCGUUUGGACGAGAACAUCGCCGCGGCGGAAAGAGCCGCCCAGGGCACCCCUAAGGCGUCCGAUGCACCGGUCCUUGGCGUUCUUGACGAGAAUCUCGAUAUCCAAGUUCUUCGAACUGUGCUGGGCAAGACCACCGUUGUCCCCGUCAUCAGUAAGGCGGACACAAUCACCACGGCACAUAUGUCAUAUUUGCGGAAGGCGGUUUGGGACAGCUUAAAGAAGGCCAACAUAGACCCGCUGGAGAUUCUCACCCUGGAGGACCAGGAGGAAUACACGUCUUCGGAGAGCGCUGAUGAAGAAGAGGACGAGUCGCCCGAGGAAGACCAGCAAGAGCCCGGUUCACCUUCCACGAAGAGCCAAGGGUCUGGAACACAAGCCUGCUCUCAGAUUCUGCCGUUCACCAUUUUGUCACCGGACCCACACUCGCUGGCGGCUGGCGAUGAGCCUGUCGGUCGUAAAUUCCCCUGGGGGUUUGCGGACCCUUUCGACUCCGCACACUGCGAUUUUGUCCGGCUCAAGGAGUCUGUGUUUAGCGAAUGGCGUACCGAACUGCGCGAGGCUAGUAGAGUGGUUUGGUAUGAGCGAUGGAGAACUAGCCGCUUGAAUCGGAAGGCCCCGACCCCUGGCGUUACUCCUUCGAAGAAGGUCUACGCUGGAAGGUUGGGUCCCCUUGACCAGGGACCUCGACUACGAUAG